AUGUUCGGUCACGAAAAAGUUCGCCAUGUCUCAACCACUGCAAUUCCACCAUGUAUUCAGCCAGAACCAAGUAGAGUCGACAUAAUUGACUUAAAUCCAUGGGAUCUUGAAAAUCUUCCAUUUCCUUAUAUGCAAAGGGGAUUUCUGUUUACUAAAGAUACGCAGCACCAACAAGAAAAACCAGUAGAUUUGUUCAAUCACCUAAAAGAUUCAUUAUCACAGACACUGGCAUACUUCUAUCCUCUUGCAGGUCGCCUUGCAAUUAGAAAACAUGAAGAUGAUGAUGAGGAAACUGUAUCUGUGUACAUAGACUGCAAAAACUCUACAGGUGCGGAAUUUGUAGCUUCUAUUGCAGACAUAACCGUAUCCGACUUCCUCGGCUCAUCUUAUGCAGAUCCCUGUAUAGUUCACGAAUGUUUCUUUCCACUUGAUGGUGCGUUAGGCCAUGACGGUCAGUCUCUUCCAUUGCUUUCGGUUCAGGUAACCAAAUUGAUUGAUGGCAUAUUUAUAGGAUGCAGCAUGAACCACACUGUCUGUGAUGGAACUUCUUUUUGGCAUUUCAUAGCCUCAUGGGCAGAAAUUUCUGGAGGUGGUGCUACUUUCGAUCGCCCUAUUCUUGAACGCUGUUUUUUCGACACUGAUCCUCCAAUUCGCAUCCCUAUCUCCACUUUCAAACUUCUACCACACAGAUAUCCUCAUAGUACUAGUCCACUUGAAGAGAGGAUCUUCCAUUUUGAGCAAGAAAGCAUUGCAAGACUGAAAACAAAGGCUAAUUUAGAGAUCACCGUCAGUGAGAGUAAUAUUUGUACUACUAUCUCGUCUUUGCAAGCUCUGUUAGCUCAUAUUUGGUUAGCCACGACCCGUGCAAGGAAAUUAGAUCCAAAUGAAGAGACGAGUUAUUGGUUGGCUAUAGGUAACAGAUCUAGGAUGAAUCCACCUUUGCCUGAAACCUACUUCGGCAACUCGAUGCUGGAUGUUGGAGCAACUGCUAAGGCAGGUGAGUUGCUCGAAAAAGGACUUGGAUGGACAGCUUUGUUAUUGAACCAAGUGGUCGCAUCCUACGAUAACGAAAAAGUUCUAAGUAUUUGGAAAUCCUGGGUGGAGAGACCCAGAUUCAUUUUAACUGGGAAUUCUCCGCCCCCAAAGAACAUUUUGGUGUCGGGGGGAUCUCCAAGGUUCAAUGUGUAUGGCAAUGAUUUUGGUCGGGGCAAGCCUGUUGCAGUGCGGACUGGGCACUCUAGCCACUAUGACGGUAAGGUUCUUCCGGUUCGUGGCUCGGUGGAAGGGAGUAUAGAUUUUGAAAUUUGUUUGUCUCCUGAGAUUAUGAAAGCUAUAGAGGAAGAUAAAGAAUUCAUGGAUUUUGUCACCAUUUUAUCUACUCCAAGCUAGUGUUUAAGCUUAUCCAUCAAUGCAUCUGAUACGGGACGUAUCUAGAAGACCUGUUAUGCGAGUCAAGUGGCUAGUCCACAUCUCUUAAUUAGAUUCAUCUGUUAGGAUUUACUUUAAUUUCUGUUAGUUGGUUACAGUAGUCCAAUAAGUCUAGGGAUAAGUCACUGGAGAGGAUAUUUAGGAGUUGAUACACAUCAAGUAGUUCAGGUCAGUCCAACCUAUAAGUAGUGUUAUUCCCGUUUCUUCUUCUUAGCUUGCGAGCUCGUUAUUUGAUUAAUAUUAUUGAU